AUGACUCAAGAUGGGGAGAAUCGCGAGACCCAUCAUAUCUACGUUAGUGCUCCACCACCGGAGCCUCAAACAUCUGUAGGACAGCCAUGCCGUCUGGAAAAGGAGCCAUUAAUCGAGGAUGAAGGGAAAAACGACAAAAUUGGGGAAUCUCGGACGACUUAUUGGAAAGGAUGUGAAUUUUUGAAAGCAUCUGGAUUGUGUUCCAGUAAUUGUGAGUUUUUGGCAAGUGCGCUCUAUUGA